CUUGCGUUCCAGUCAAGUUUUGCCCGUUGUUAACUGUAACCACAAAGUUGGCCGAAAGAAUGCAGUGAAAAAUUAGGUAAACCUUGUGAGCUGUACCAUACUCCCAUUAUGGCUUGCCUAGCAUAAUAAUAAGACGGCUGAAGUGGGAGGUGAUACUGUCACUCAUAAAUAAAUCAGAGGAUCUACAAAUGUCCCCAGUAUUAGGGGGAAACUACUUGACUGAUUCAGUUUGAGGCUCCAACACUAUCCUUAAUGGACAGAAUAUUUUCGUGUCAAUGUUUUACUCUUCGGAGUUACAUUAAGUGAAUAUCGUACAAAAGAUAAAAGACUCUACUUAGAAACUUUUGGAACAUGGAAGAUUCAGUCUAACAAGAAGGUGAUUUGCCACCAGAUGGAGCUGUGUCAGGUUGUGUUGAUCGUGCUGGCUCACCUGACCACCUCGGCCUAUCAGAUUAAAGGAAACAGCACGCACAUCUACUCUGAUGCCCCGUACCCGGUAAAGAGGCCUCGGACCCAACUGUACAUGACGGUAUUUCCAUUCUCGAAAGCCAUAUCCAUACGUUGGGAUUUAACUUCCUAUGACUACAUCACUGAUAUUACUGCAAAGUACAAUGUUACCCCGGGAUCACCGAUCACUAUAUCAAAUAUCACCAGGUUUACCAAAGAGGUGAACAUAACACACCUGCCAGCCAACAGACCUGUGACAGUUUGCUUACAUGUUACGUUCAGCAAUGAAAAACCAGUGCAAAAAUGUAGCACAAAGACAACACUGAGGAAAAUACAGCCCAUUCCUCCUGUAAAUAAUGUUCAAGAGCUCAGCAUUGAAGCCACUAUCACUCUCUCAGUGCUGAUAAUACUUAUUGUGGCUAUAGCAGUAAUAUGCAUCAUAUUUGCCAGGUAUCAGAAAAAGCAAGCUCUGAAAAGACAGCAAGCCCGAGCACUGCGGGUAAGAGCUCGUAUACAAGGCCGAGUGAGUCAAGACCCAAAGAAGGCAGCAAUAGGUAAAAUUCUAGAGCACAAACACCUCCCGCUGGACAGUAAGACUCUUACAGAGGACUGGAGUGUAAGCAGUGAGGUCAAAGUGCAAGACUGGCAACAGAAUCGGAUUAGUUUGGACUUUGAACCUCCGUCUGAUGCCCCUGUGGUCGACACGGAGGACCUGGUCUUCUUCCAAAAUCACACAAAUGGUAAAAUAAAACACGACGACGGCAAGUCGAGCAGUUUGAAUUCACAAAGUAAAGUAGGCAGCAAGGCGUCUGAUGAGAAGCCAUCAACAGAAGAGAAGAGCAGUCUUAAGGAAGCUCAUGAAAGUCCCAGUGCUACGCUCUCCCCUGAAGCAGCAGUUGCUGAGGAUAUAACGCCCAGGUCCUCUGAAGAAAAUGUCCCAGCUGAAACUACGAAAACAACAGAGGAGAAAAAAACAAGUCGUAAGACUACCAGUGGUCCCCCAAGACGCAAAACACUGGAAGAAAAACUACGCUAUGCACGAAAAAUCAAUGCAAAAGCAAAUAGAAUGAACAGCAAGUCAGGUACAGACAGGCGUUCUGGAAAUAAAACAUCGAGUGGCAAGAGAAGGAGUAGUAGGACUUCAGGAGAGAGAUCUCGCUCCAGAAGUUCACACAAACAAGAUGGCGAGUCUGGUGAAAGGCCCAGCAGCCAUUCUACCUCUCAAUCUAAAAGUCAACCAGCAGAAUCACAUAACCCCGUGUCUACAGACUGAUAUCUUGAUGCCAAGAUUAAACAUAAUGCAAAAAAAAUUGUAUAUCAAAAUAUGAACUUUCCCUUACUCAAUUGUACAUAUCUCAAUUUUUUGAGUGAUUUUUAAUUUUUUUAUGAAGUUAGUGCAUAUUAAAUCAUCAAAUAGCAUUU